AUGAAUGCCCAGCCGAGUGGUUUGUUCGGUCAUCAGCACGAUCCGGAACGUUUCGCAUCCGCUCUUUCACACAUCGAAAAUAAAGCGCUUGAUUCACUCAACCAUGUACGAAAGCAAAGGCGCUUCAUCCAUUUUGCGGUAAAAUUAUGUGUCAUGGUUUUCAGGCCAGAUAUGUUGGACAAAUUUUCUUCGCUUGCAAGCGCAAUGACUCAGCUACAGUUUAUAUUGAAAAAAUCAGCCCUGCCUUCUGGAUUCGAAGACUACGGUUUCUUCCUGAGGACACAUGUGCUUGUGCCCCAUUAUCUGUCCAAUGAGAUCGACCCUCGUCUUCAGCAAGCAACAUCAAAUCGACUUCAGUGCUGGAACCAUGACGCUGCUCCAGAAUACUUACGCACUAAGUUGACUCUUGAAAUGGAAGCCGACGAAGCACACAUUGAUAAUGAAAAGAAUACUCGAACAUUCGAUCAGGUUGUAUCUAAGCUAUCUUUUUUGUGA